ACAUUUUGUGGGAUUUUAGUUUCACCAAUCCAAAGAUUGUGUUUGUGAUGACAGAUGGCCUUGGAAAUGCAAAUAGAUAUAAAGUAAUAACUUGUGAAGGCAAAUAAGCCGACACCAUGUUCCCACUACGCAUCCCAAAUUCCAUCACAACAUCCUUCCCUCUCUUUUCACUUCCUUCCACUUUACUCAAAAACUCCACAUCUCUCUCCUUUCACUUGUACAGUACAACCCAUCACAGCUUCCAAUCUCUUCUCUCUUUCACGGCGUCUGAAUAAAGUGAUUAAACUAUUAAGCCCGCAUGAAUGCAUUCGCUGAUUCACCCCCCUUUCGCCUUGUUUUCUUCCCUGUUUAACAUAAAAAACAAAAAACAAUCAAUGCUGAACUUAAACUCCUCAUCUCUUUUCCAUGCAAAUCAGCCAACGGUUUUCGAUGCUAACCCAUCUAUAAAUACAUCUUUCCCUCGUAAUGGAAUCACAAGAAAGUGUGCUACUUUGGUCAAGAAACAACGCGCUCGUAUUUACAUCCUUCGUCGUUGCGCCACCAUGUUGCUUUGUUGGUAUAUUCAGGGAGAUGAUUAGUUCUUAUCAAACAGAUGUCUCUAUGCAUAUACUCCUUAAAAAUCUCUCUCAAAUCUCAAUGUCUCAAUGUCUCAAUCCCCUUUUUCCCACGUCUCUUUUUUCGUUGGCAUAUGGUAAAUUAAGUGCUAAUCUCGUCCUUUUUAGCACCAACAGUUGGAAUUGGAAGGAAAGACUGUUGGUAUUAUGACUACAAAAAAAAAACCCUUUCUCAGUUCUCUCACUACAUCUUCUGAUUUCCUGGUUUCGUCUUGUUCAUGUUGACCUCUCUUUAUUUGCCCUUUUUAUCUCUUUUUUGACCCAAAUGGAGCGCUUCCAUUUGAGUUUUUUGGGCAUUUGAUCGGAGGAAGAUUUGAGGUUUUGACAGUGACCGGAAACGGUGGACAUGGCCGACAUGAAGGACUCUAGCUAUCGGAAGGUUGAAAGAUAACAAACAUCUUGUGUGUCUAUGUAUGUAUUUAUGUGUGUGUUCAUGUGGAAAAUAAAUUAUUGUUACUUACUUAUAUUAUGUAAAGCACUCUCAUCAGCUGAUUUAAUAAGUGCUGGAAUAAAUAAUAAUGUACCAAAACUUAUGAUGAAA